AUGGCUACCAAUGAGAAUCUACCUCCAAAUGUAAUAAAACAAUUAGUUAAAGAAUUGAGGAAUCUUAAUGAAACACCACCCGAAGGAAUUAAAGUUGGUGUAAAUGAUGAUGAUUUUUCAACAAUAUAUGCAGAUAUCGAAGGCCCGGCUGGGACUCCAUAUGAAAGUGGUGUUUUUCGCAUGAAGUUGAUUCUUUCUCGCGACUUCCCUCAUUCACCUCCUAAAGGUUAUUUCUUGACCAAAAUAUUUCAUCCGAAUAUUGCAACGAAUGGUGAGAUCUGUGUAAACACAUUGAAAAGGGAUUGGAACCCAAGUCUUGGCUUACGUCAUGUUUUAGUUGUAAUUCGAUGCUUACUCAUUGAGCCAUUUCCAGAAUCAGCAUUAAAUGAACAGGCUGGGAAAAUGCUUCUAGAAGAUUACCAAGAGUAUGCUAGACAUGCCAGGUUGUAUACUGGAAUCCAUGCUUUGAAGCCAAAACCAAAGUUGAAGACAGUGGUGGUGUCUGAGUCAACACCUGGUCAAAAGGUUGACCAGUCAACACCUGGUCAAAAUGUUGACCAGAAAAACAUGGGAUCAGGUGUGGUGGUGGCAACUCCAUUGGCUCUGUCUUCGAAUACAAUGAAGGGAGGAGGAGGAGGUCAGGAGGUGCCGCCAAGUGCCGCCGUGAAUCCAGUGGUGGAGAUCGGAGUUAGCAGCGGAUCUGGUGCACUGCCGCCACUGGCAACACAGAAGAAGGAAAUGGUGAAAGUGCAAAGUGAUAAAAAGAAGAUUGAUGCUAGAAAGAAAAGCUUGAAAAGAUUGUAAUUGUACUUUUAUUUUCUUUACUGUUGUUGGAAUGUCUUGUCUAACAAUGUGACUUAGUGAUUCUGAAUUGGGUUUUUACUUUUUACCAAUAGGAAUGUACUUUUUUUUUUACACAUAAUAUCAACAUACUUAAGUUUUGCUAUCUAAAUGUAAGUGUGUUGUUAUGGGUAGA